UGGGCGUGUCCAAUGAUGAGUUGGGGAUCCCUGCAAGCAACAUGACUAAAAAGAAGCGGGAGAAUCUGGGCGUYGCUCUCGAGAUUGAUGGGCUGGAGGAAAAGUUGUCCCAGUGUMGGAGAGACCUGGAGGCUGUGGACUGCAGGCUCCACAGGACAGAGCUGAGCCCAGAGGACAGGAGGUCUCUGGAGAAGGAGAAAAACAGCCUAAUGAGCAGAGCCUCCAACUACGAGAAGGAACUAAAACUGCUUCGGCAAGAGAACCGGAAGAACAUGCUGCUCUCGGUGGCCAUCUUCAUCCUCCUGGCCCUGGUCUAUGCCCACUGGACCAUGUGAGUCUGCAAUGCCCCACAGCCACUGCAGGCUUCCCCUCAGCUCCUUAAUUGGGACCAAGCAGCCCUUCAAGUCUCAAGAGGACUACAGUGUCGGGGUGCAUCCCCCACCUAGGCCUUGGAGUAAGGCCUCCUGACGUGUCCUCCCCCCACCCCCGCCCCCCUGAGUCAAGGGAGAGGCAAUAAAGAACAUCA